UUGUUUUUCAAGAUGGCUCGACUUCGCUUCAUCUUUAUCAUCGCCAAAGUUCUGCGGUUCCCUUUGCAUUUUUUUGGUCUUCUACAGCUGAGGUUUAGUAAACCUCAACAAGUAUAUCAACACAGGCCAAACUUUUGCAGAUUUUUACCUGCCGUUCUUAUAACUCUGAUAUUGCUUUUGCAUAAGCUAUUAAGCUAUGAAAUGGAAAAAGAGAACAAGCUGGUAAACUUACUACAAAUUGAAAAGAGACCUCUGAGAAGCAAACUAGAAUUAUGGAGCGAAAACUUAACCAGCAUUUAUAUCUUCCUGACUUUAGUCUGUUCUUUGGUCAACAAGCAUGAGCUAUGGAAGUUGAUAAAUGAGGCGCAGUUGACCUAUAAACAGUUAAAAUCUCAUCUGGGAAAGCAUUUAGUUCUGAAAUGUUCCUGGGUCGUUCUCAUACAUGGCAUACUUUUGCUACUUUUACUAGCUGCUAUAGUAGUUGACAUUGUAUUUCUUAACUGGCCAAAAACGUCUGGAGAACCCAAUACCGUCACGUUUACCGAACUGUAUCAGCUUUUCGAUUACAUAAUGGGUAUACCCAGAUUAUUGUUUGUACUUAUUAUGGCGCUGCGUAUUCUCUAUCAUCUGAUUAACGCUGGGUGGCUUCAAAGCAUAAGAAUGCUACGAUUGCAAAGAAGUCUUAAGUUGUAUCAGUUUCAGCUUCGCAAUAUCUACUCAAAUCAAAGAGGCGCCAAUAUCUUGGCUGGUCACUAUUUUAAAAUGUCCUACAUGUGCUUCCUUUGUAUGAUGGCCUUCCGAAUAGCUGAAUUUCUGCAGUUCCUUAACUUUGAUUCCAAUGAGCUGGUGCAGAAACAGAAGAGCCAGGAAGAUCUGGAAGAUGAAGCCUUUUGGGAGGGACAGGAAAACUCAGGGCAGACAAAUCUCAAGGAGCCGCUGAUGAAACCUAUGCUGAUAUUAUCAUGGCAUUUUGCAUUGUGGAUGUUGCUACUUGCUGCAGCUAACACUCAGCAAAAGGAAUAUUCCAACUUAAUGGAAAAAAGCUGGAAUUUCAAAUCGGAUGAACACGGUUGCGAAAUGAAAGAAUUUCUGAACGCAAACUGCUGGACGGGGCAUGCAUUUAAGCAAUUGGAUAUUCUCGAUUUACUGUUUCUAUCAGGAAUCUCUAUAUGUGACCGUCAACCCGUUUCCAUUUGUUUUAUAUCGAACAAGUUACAAAAUAGUAACUCCGCGUAUCUUGGUUUGAACACUAUAGUCAGACACUUUAAGCUACUUUUAAAUCUUGUAGUUACGGCAGGCAUCGUCUACGUUGUGCAGCAAGUGGAACUCAGACAUCUACAGCAAUACCUCGAACAGGUGUAAUAAUAAAGUUAACUUACGCAACUCAUCAU